AUGAGGGAGCUUACAGGUGCGACUGGUUACAAGAGGAAGCUGAAACCAGAUGCGAUGCCGACUAUUUUCCCCCACAAGACGUCCAAAGUAAGGCCUAGGGAGGCAAGUGAAAUGCGAAUGAAAAAACGAGACCUAGACGAGAGGUUAGGUGCUCUCCUGAGCAGACCUUCUUCAAUAGCGUCAGACGAGUCGGACCUCAUCCCGGACGAAGACCUCAUCACCACCUCACCUCAAACCUCAACUCUUCACGCCGCAGUAAGUGUUGCAACAAUGUGUCGUCCUAAUAUGAUUGAUGCGGCCACUCAGACGGAUUCACUUACUUCCGAUGCAGCGGUACAGUGGCCAGCUGAUGUGCAAGAGGUUGUUGCCAUAGACCAUGCUUACCCUGUUAACCUGCGUGAUUGGGGUCAAGAAGUGGACAGUGGGUCCUUGGAUCUGUCUCCUUUAGAGGAUGAUUUCAGCGAGGACAGCCAGCCACUGAACAGAGACUCUGACCCUGACUACAUCCUAGGCCUAAGCAGCUCUCAAAGCAGCCAGGAAUCCCAUUCAACUGCCAAUGACCAAGAAAGUAGAGUUUUUCUUGUUUUUGAGGAGCAGUUAAAGCAACUACUACAGCGUUGUUUAAAGUGUGGCUCUCUGAUAGCUCAGGAAGACAUGAGAGAGCUGCAGAAUGAGGGUUCCCAGUUCACAGUAGAGCUCACCUGUGCAAAUAGCUGUUGCUACAGAUGGCAGUCUCAGCCUUCUCUCAGUAAGACAAAAGGGAAAGGCAACCUACUUUUGGCAGCCUCUAUUUUUUUCAGCGGCAUCCAUUUUGCCAAAUUUCACCGUUUUUGCCUCAACAUGAACCUCCAAUCAAUAUGUGAAGACACCUACUCAACACUUAGGAAGAGAUUUGUGUUUCCUGCGGUUGAAAGAACAUGGGCAAGAGAGCAGAGUGCAGUCUUGACUAGCAUGCAAGCACAAGAGGCAGUUGUACUGUGUGGAGAUGGCCGCUGCGACUCACCUGGCCACUCAGCCAAGUACUGCACGUACACGUUUUUAGAUGUGCACAGUCAGAAGGUUGUUGACUUCAAAGUGGUGAGCGUCACCCAGGUUUCCAGCUCGAAUACAAUGGAGAUUAGAGGCUUUAAGGAGGCUCUUGCAACCAUAGAAGAGAAUGGAGUGAAAGUUACCACCAUCUCCACUGACAGACACCCACAGAUUGUGAAAGAGAUGAGGGUCUCCCAUCCGGAAAAACACCAUGAGUUUGACCCCUGGCAUGUGGUGAAAGGGGUGUCCAAAAAGUUGGCUGCUGUAGCUAGAAGAAAAGAAUGUGAGGGGCUGGGGGAAUGGAUUCCCUCUAUCGUCAACCAUUUCUGGUGGAGCGCACAGACCUGCGGUGGGGAUGCAGAGGUGCUGAUAGAGAAGUGGGUGUCAGUCAUCCAUCAUGUCACCAACAGGCACGAUUGGCCAGGAAACCGACAUUAUCACAGUUGUGCACACGAUCACCUCGAUGAUGAUAGCCAGAGAAGCAAGCUCUGGCUACAGCCGGGAUCAGAAGGCCACCAAGCACUUGUAACAACCGUGAAAGACAAGAGGCUCCUGAAAGAUCUGGAGCACCUCACCAAGUGCAUCCACACGACAUCACUUGAGGUAUACCACUCCAUGUACCUGAAGUACCUACCUAAAAGAACACACUUCGGUUAUGAUGUGAUGGUCCAUGCCUCCAUGCUCGCUGCGCUGGAUCACAACAAUAACGCCAACAGGGAACAGGCUGUUUACCAGGAUGGGGAGAGCGUAGGUGAACCCAAGUUCAAAAUUUCCUGGAGCAAAGUCCACAAGAGAUUCAGGGCAAGACCAGUUGCAGUUCCAAAGGGCUAUGGAUACAUGAAGACUAUGAUGGAAGAUGUGAUGUCUGCUGUGUCUGACACAAACCUGGUUACCAGAGAGAGUCAAAGACAUGUCAUGGCCCCACAGGACCGUCUGCCCAGGUCACAGAUAAUUGCCCAAGCACGGCAAUUCUCACGUUUCAACAAGUAAGUGGCCGGUGAGUGUAUUUCACAGAUGCCCGAGUCUGGCUGCUACCAGCCCUUUCAAAGCAA